AUGGCCUUCAAGAGCGGGUCGUUCGCGACCUUCCUCAUCCUAUGCCCAACAUGCUUCUUCCUGGGCAUCAUCUUCUCCAUGUUCCCCUACGACUACCCAAUCCUGUGGUCGACAACCCCAACCCCAGCCUCACACUUUGAUUACUUCGAAGCCCACCUCCGCUUCCUCCACGCCUCACCCCCUCUCAUCCCGCGCAUCCUCCACAUCGUAAUCUUCCUCGGCCUCGCAGGCCUAAUAACCAAGCUCUACCGCCCCUCUGAAUCAAACAUGCUCUUCGACGGCGCCUCGCUCGUCCUGUACAUGUGCGGUAUCACCGUCUACAUCGCCAACAUCGUCAAGGGUCUGCGUCUCGCUUCCGCCGGCCAGUACGGCGCCGAGCUGGCGACUACCCCCGAGGACAAGGAUCAGAUUCUGGGCCGCGAGGACUCGCUUAAGGUCCUUGCUGCUAGUAAUACGAUUCUGGCGCUGGUGUUGGUCGGCAUUUUGGUUCUGCAGGCUGGCCAGUGGUAUGCGGAGCGGAAGGAUGCGCAGGAGUAUGAGUCGCUUGCGGCGGGGAAGAAGAAGAAUGAGGGUGAGGCUGCGGCUUCGGCGACUACUUCUGGUUCGUCGGCUGGUAAGCCUGGUCGACAGGCUAGCCAGCGCAAGAAGGGUAACUAG